AUGAACACUUUCUUUAUUCGGAUAUUUCUUCUUUCAGUCUUCGUUUUGUGUCUCACUCAAGCAGCUCCUAUGACAUCUGAUUUGACAGCUCCAGCUCUUCGAGCAAAACGACAAUGGAAGUGGGAAUCGGAUGGAAAAGGAAAUAUGUGGAUUGGUGAUGACAACGCAAAACUGUCACUCUUCAGCGGUUUCGGUAUGCCCGGAAAA